AUGUCGUCUGCGUCUGUUGGGCCGAAGGGUUCUUGCGUGCUUGAUUCGAACGAGACAGCACUCGGACCCAGAACGGGUGCCGACGUCAUAACAGGGCUAGGGACUGAGGAAGAGGGAUCCAGUGCGGUGCUGUCUGGCGGUGAGAGACCUACGGUGCUGUUGCGGUAA